GUCUGAACGUUGCAGCUAAAGAUGGUGUCGUCAGUUCAAAUUUUUAUGAGUUUCUGCGUUUCACUCGUGCUAUCGUCGGAAUCGCUAGUGCAGGCGCAGAUGACCAAAAAGCGCUGCAUGAGCCAACCGAACGUUUCCAAAAAAGUAGACAAGGUGAUCCACGAAUGCCAGGAUGAGAUUAAGAUGAGUCUAAUAGAAGACGCUAUACGGGUGUUCAAAGAGGACUGGCAUGACCGCAAGAAGCGAGCCUCCGAUGAGGAAGAUUUCCAACAUCCAACGGUGGUUUCGCAUGAGGACAAAUGGAUAGCCGGGUGUCUGAUGCAAUGCGUGUACCGCAAAAACAAUGCUGUUGACAAGAACGGUUGGCCUACGUUGGAUGGUUUGGUCAACUUGUACACGGACGGUGUCAGCGAGCAAGGCUACUUCAUGGCUACCCUUAGGGGAGUGGAUAGGUGCCUGAAAGGGACCUCCAUGAAAUAUAAGGUUAAGAGAAAUGAUGUUGCGGAUAACUUCGAGCAGUGCAAUGUGGCAUUUGAUGUGUUCGAUUGCAUUUCGGAUAUGAUAACCGAGUACUGUAGUGACCAGCCGAGUCACGAAUUUCAUUAGUCUAGAAAGAGUGUUUGUUGGUGAAUGUUACUGUAAGAACGAAAAAGUACCUUUAGCAAAGAUUUAGAUUUACGAUAUUUAAAAGGAAAGUGAUGUUAGUAAAGUAA